AUGGCAGAUGACGGUGUGGCAGGUGCCCCUCCCGGUGAUGAUGAUCAAGGGAUGCCGGCAUUGUGGGCGGCCGUCCGCGGCUUGGAAGGAGCCGUCCGUGACAUCCAACAAGCCCUUCAAGGCAUGCGCGUCGACAUCAACCGGGAGCGAUUGCAAGAUCGUGAGGAUCUCCCUCACGGUCCACCGGUGCCGGCACGGGAUCCACCCCACCGGCGUCGGCGACAAGUUCUUCCAGAAUCGUCCGACGAGGAAGAAGAGGAAGCGGUCUACGGGGCGUUUGGUGGACCGCGACUGCACCCCGGUGAUUACAACUUUGAUAGGGGCGAACGGGCCGGAGGAGCCUUCGGGCGGCGCUUUCCCGACGGAGGAGCGGCUGACGACGGCAGCGGGGGGCAACGUCCACGGAGGAACCGGCCUGGGGUGUUCGACCGCGGGUUGCACGUUGGAGGCACGGCCUUUGGUCGGCGAGUCCCUGCGGGAGACGGGGUGUACGUGGAAGCCGAUGAAGUCGGUGGGCAGCGGCCAUGGAGAAACCAAGAUCCCGCGGGCCGAAGGCACAAUGAACUCGACCGAAGACCUCGUGUUGGGGGCUUGGGUUUUGGCGGCUGGCUCCCUGAUGAAGACGUAGUUGUCGACCAAGCCACUGAGCCACGACCACGGGUGAACAGGGUCCCUGCAGGAGAAAGGAAUGCAGAACCCAUGGGGAAUAGGCUCCCUUGGGGUGUUCGGGACAGAGGCUCCCCUGAUUUCAUAUUGAAGGUGGAUCUUCCUGCCUUCAGUGGUAAUCUUCACAUUGAAGGAUUUUUGGAUUGGUUGGCCGAGGUAGAAAAAUUUUUCGACUAUAUGGAGAUCCCAGAUCAGAAGAAGGUGAAGCUGGUCGCGUAUAAAUUGAAGGGAGGAGCAUCUGCAUGGUGGGAUCAACUGCAACAUAACCGUCUAUGGCAAGGGAAGAUGCAGAUCACCACCUGGCGCAAGAUGAAGCAACAUCUGCGUGGCCGUUUUCUCCCGCCUGACUACGAGCAGGCACUCUACCAUCAGUACCAGAACUGCCGACAGGGCCCCCGGACGGUGACCGAAUACACUGAUGAAUUCAACCGCCUCAAUGCCCGCAACAACUUGUCAGAAACAGAAAAUCAGCAAGUGGCAAGGUACAUUGGUGGGUUGAAGCCAGCCAUCCGAGAUCAGGUGGAUUUAUAUCCGGUGUGGAGUCUGACGGAAGCUACAAGUUUGGCCUUAAAACUUGAGGCCCAGGCGACACGGAAGGCACACCAAUUUCAGCCCAUGAAUCGUGCAUCGUCCUUGCGCCCCACCAUAGCAAAGCAGAAGACUGUUGAAGGGGCGGCCACCACAAGUCAACCACCACCGACAUCCGCAUCAAGAGGAGCCGGAAAUUUCAGCAAGCAACAGGCGGCUCCAAAAGGUAGUGGCAACCCCUACGAGAGACCCAUGCCUAUAAAAUGUUACAGAUAUCAGGAGGUUGGGCAUCGGUCUAACGAGUGUCCGAGGCGACGGCCAGUCCAUGUAGUCGAAGCUGAGGAUGAAGAAGAAAUGCCGCAUGAGGAGGAGGAUCAUGAAGAGGGGCAGACCGACGAUGAAGACGUCGAGGUGACGGCGCCGGAUCAGGGAGUUCCGGCCUCCUUUGUAGUUCAGCAAAUUUUGUUUGCCCCGAAGAAUGAAGAAGAAUCGCAACGCCACAGCAUCUUCAAAACUUGUUGCACUAUCAACAAAACUGUGUGCAACAUGAUUAUUGACAGCGGCAGCAGCGAAAACAUUGUUUCCUCCGCGUUGGUUCGUGCGAUGGGAUUGAAGACAGAAAAGCACCCGUCUCCUUAUAAGAUUGGAUGGAUUAAAAAAGGAGCUGAAACGAGAGUAGAGGAUGUAUGCCGAGUGCCAUUGUCCAUCGGAAGGUACUACAAGGAUGAAGUGGUGUGCGAUGUGGUGGAUAUGGAUGCAUGUCAUGUUCUACUCGGGCGUCCAUGGCAGCAUGACACAGAUGUCACAUUCAGGGGCCGAGACAACACAUACUUGUUCCGAUGGCAGGGUAGGAAAAUUUUGUUGGUGCCUAUGAAAGAGAAGCUUACCCCCAAAACUUCUCAAGUGGAGGGGAAGUCUUUCCUUGCAGUUUCUGGUGCGCAGUUCAUGGCGGAACUCAAGGGGGCUGAAGAGGUUAUGGUGUUGAUUGUUAAGGGGACGGAGAUGCCUAUCCUGCAGCAGGUGCCCGAGGAGUUCAAAGAAUUGUUGACAGAGUUCAAAGACAUCACUCCUGCAGAAUUACCAAAUGGACUGCCUUCCAUGCGAGAUAUUCAGCAUCAUAUUGAUUUGGUGCCUGGUGCAAGUCUCCCCAAUCUACCUCAUUACCGCAUGAGUCCCAAGGAGAGCAAAAUUCUGCAGCAACAAGUUGAAGAUUUGAUCAAGAAGGGGCUGAUCCGGGAGAGCAUGAGUCCGUGCGCGGUGCCUGCACUUUUGACGCCGAAGAAGGAUGGGAGUUGGCGUAUGUGUGUGGACAGCGGUGCGAUCAACAGGAUAACAGUAAAAUACCGGUUUUCCAUACCCCGUUUGAAUGAUAUGCUCGACAUGUUAGAAGGAGCCAAGGUCUUCUCCAAAAUUGACUUACGAAGCGGCUACCAUCAAAUCCGGAUUCGCCCUGGUGAUGAGUGGAAGACGGCAUUCAAGACGAAGGAUGGGUUAUAUGAGUGGAUGGUCAUGCCUUUUGGCCUAUCCAAUGCACCGAGCACCUUCAUGAGAAUAAUGAAUCAGGUACUAAAAUCAUUUAUUGGAAAGUUCGUCGUCGUCUACUUUGAUGAUAUUUUGAUCUAUAGUCGCAAUGAAAUUGAGCAUAAGAAGCACUUGAGAGCAGUUUUGCUUGCUUUGCGGGAGAAUCAGUUGUUUGUUAAUCUUAAGAAGUGUCAUUUCGUUACAAGACGCUUGGUGUUCCUGGGAUUUGUUGUUGGGGCUGAUGGCAUACAGGUUGAUGAAGAGAAGGUAAAGGCAAUACGGGAGUGGCCGAUUCCUACAAAUGUUAGCUAA